CAAAUGCAUGAGAGUAAAGGCAGCAGAUGUUUCCUCCUACCAUCUGUCUCCUUCAGAUACUGUACUUCUAAGUAGUUUGUCUUCAUUUGUGUGCUACAUCAGCAGGCUAUUAGAAGAGAUUUGCCCUGCUUGCACACACACACGCAGUGAAUGGAUUUUCAUAUGAGACUGUCCACAUUAUGUCACAGGUCACCAACUGUAAAAAGGGACUUGAUCUUAUGCCUGCGGCUGCAAUUACUUUGCAAAUGCAGGAAACUCAGGGAAGAGCCUGGUUCUGGAUUAUAAUCUAAGCUUGUUGUAAUCUUUGCUUUUUACUAAUAUGUUCAAAGGAAGUCUGGACUAUAAUUUGCCAUUUGUAAUGGAUAAUGUUGCAGGCAGAGCUUUGUAGAAGGGGAGGAGCGAGGAGGUUGGAGUGGCAGCACAGAGGGGACAGUUUAGGAGUUCAAAUGAAGGAAAACAAAUAGUGCCAUGGGUUUCUAUUGUCUCUGUGGGAGUGCAGAGGAUGGACCCUUUCAUCAAGGUGGCAGCACAUCAGAAGAGCCGGCAGAGGGAUGUACACACUUCUCACCCAAGGAGCCCCAAAUGCAACAAGAUUAUGAAGAUUUGAUAUAUCCGCUGGGAGGCGAAACACGGUGGCUACAUAUCAAAAGACAGGAUUAGUUGCCUUUUCAUUUCAUCUCCUCUGGCCUUGCCUCGACCAUGAGGCUAGAGCGCGGGCGGCGGGCUUCUCUGGCGCUCACCCUCAACUUUGUGGCGUUUGCUUUUGCCUUAUCCGCGGUGACCACCAGCUACUGGUGCGAGGGGACCAGGAAGGUGGCCAAACCCUUCUGCACAGGCCCACCGGUGAACAAGAAGGAGUGGUACUGCAUCCGCUUCAACAGCACCAACCUCAACGACAGCCGCCUAGUGCAGUACAUCUUUGAGACGGGGGAGGAGAAGUUUCUGAUGAGGAAGUUCCACACGGGGAUAUUCUUCUCCUGCGAGGAGGCGGCUGACAUGAACGGGUUUGAAUGUCGAGAAUUCUCAGAUAUUGCACCUGAAAAUGAAAGAGGAGUGCUGUGGUUGUGUAUCGUGGCAGAGACCCUGUACCUCACCCUGCUCUUCGCGGGCGGGGCUCUGAUGACUCUGGAGCAGUGCCCCUGCUUUAGUGUCAUGAACAAACUGAAGCUCAGUGCCUUCGCUGCCAUGUGCACUGCCCUGUCAGGCCUUUGUGGGAUGGUGGCCCACAUGAUGUUUACCACCAUAUUCCAGCUGGCUGUUGCCACCGGGCCAGAAGAUUGGAGGCCCAAAACAUGGGACUACAGCUGGUCUUAUUUAUUAGCAUGGGGCUCUUUUGGCACCUGCAUGGGGUCUGCAGUGACGGCACUGAACCGCUACACAAAGACAAUCAUCGAGUUUAAAUACAAACGGCGGAACAUCGAGAAGAGCCUGAUGAUUAAGCAGAACAUGAUGGAGAUGAACGUCCCCGAGCAGAUGUGGGACAUGUACCUGACUACUGUGCCGGUUGAUGCCGAGGCGCCUCUAGAACUGCCGGUCAAUGGCCACAAGCCGUCCACAGGAACGGCGUACGAGGUCGAAAUGGACAAUGUACCAGAACCACAAGGAGAGGCGUACUGUUAAAGAUGGAAAUGUUUCUGGGGUUGAUUUCCUGGACCUACACUGACUCUUGUUCUUGGAUUUAAAUAUUUACUUCAGGACUUUUUGUAUAUUUUUUUCCUCUCCACACAUCAGAUGUGUCUGGUUCUUUAAAGAAAAAUAACGUGAGAAGCAGGGAAGGGGAAAAGGGCUACAUUUCACUCUAAACUGGAUCCACAUGCUCCUGAGGAAAGACUGAUCCUUCAUUUCUGCUUUAGCUUCUGCUGAGCCAGCCUGUUUCAUUUAGGUUUGAUCAGACUGUCCUCUGAAGAACGAGGCUCAAUGAUCUGCUUAGCAAGAGGAAGAGAAAAUUACCUCAUUCUGUACCUUCAGGGACGUAUCGCCGAAUCACCGCAGGUCUGCCUGCACAGACCACACUCUGUUUGAAGUGUCCAGUAACAUCUAAUGUUGGACAGUCGGUCAACUAUAAAAGACUUAAAAAAGACAACAAAUUAAUGUCAAAUAGCAAACAGGGACACAAAUACCUGCCAAGACAUACAAAACAACCACUGAACCUGUGAAACAACCACAAAACAGCCACUCAAACAAUGAAAAAACCCAAGACAGCCAAUGUGUUGCAACGGUUACACAUGCUGCAAAGUUUGUAGAUAUUCUCCACGACUGACUAUUCAGGAUUUUUUUUCUUUAAAAGAAUAUCUCUUGAUAAGAUUUUACAUCAGGAAUUUGCCUUUUCUGUCAUCUCCCCUGAAACACCAGCUGUCUCUAUGCUUUCUCUGUUGCUUUUGAUGUGAGACAUGCUGUAACUCAAACGCUGACAGCAUCAGGCCGACACAGGAGUGCAGGAAAACAUGUUUACAGGAGUAAGACUGACAUCUGUUGGAACAAAAGCAGACAAUAAAAAAGCAGAAUAUCUCUCGA